AUGUCAACUUUGUCAAACGAUAUAGAAGAUGAACAUGAUGUAGUAGGUGAAUAUAAAAACACAGACUCAGAUGAAGAUCAGUUUAAUACCAGCAAGAAUGAAGAUAUUGGCUCAGAUAAUGAAAAAAGUACUGCCAGAAGAAUUGAUCCAACAUCUACAAAGCGUAGUGUUGUAAGAAAUCCUAUACCUAAAUUAAACACAGAACGUCUAAAAGGUCCUAAAGGACUACAUACUAUUGAAAAAUAUUUUGAAGGCUUUAAAUUUUAUGGAAAGGGAUAUGAGAAAGUAGAUUUAGAUAGAAUCAUAAAAAGGAUGGAACACUGGGGACAUAGACUAUUCCCCAAGUUGAAUUUUGAUGAUUUUCUUGAGAAAUUAGAGAAAUUGGGUACUAAAAAAGAUCUUCAGGUGUUCAUUAAAAAAUAUAGACUAGAUAUGAUUAGUGCAGAUGAUAUGAUUAGUCAGGAUAAUAUAGACAUAGAGGAAGACAAAGAUCAAGAUGAACCUAUUGAUGAAUUUGAUUUAUUAAUUGCUGAACAAAUAGAGAAACAAAAACAAGCUAUGUCUAAUGCAUCUAUUAAUAAUGAGAAUACAUUCAAUGAAUUAUUAUUACAGUCUAAUGUCACCAUAACUUCAAAGCCUAUAAAUACAACUUCUGCUUCACCACAACUAAGCGAUGAAGUUAAAGAACGUAUAGAAAGAAAUAGACAGCUAGCUGUUCAAAGAAGGCUUGCAAGAUUUAAAGAAAUUGAGGAAGCUAAGAGAAAGAAAUUGGAAGAUACUGAAAACACACAACCAAAAAAUAAUUUAUCUAACACAGAAAUACCCAAUGCUACUAAAAAUUUAGAGAACAAAGAAUGUAAGAGUAAUUCACAAGUAAAAAGUGAAGAUCAUGAAUCUUAAAAAAAACAUUAUUAUUAUCUGAUUUAUAGUAUGGUUAUAAAAAUUUUAUAAGUAUUAAUAUAGAGUUUAGAAGACAA